AGGGGUACCACUGUAAACCUCCAUUCAAGAUCUCACCAGCCUUGCAAUCCUGUCAUAUAUUUGUCAAUAAUAGCGAAGUUAAACAUGUCUAUAUCUAACGCCUUUUGCUACGUUGGUGUGGCCACGACCUGCUACUGGAUGAUUCAGCUGGCUCGAUAUCUCUACUGCUACAUCCGCCCAAGCUCCCUCCCUCGCUACAACCCCACCGGGAAAGACGCAUGUGCUCUCGUAACUGGUGCUACUGAUGGGAUUGGUUUUGGAUUUGCUGAAGAGCUCAGCGAGCGUGGAUUCAACGUCUUCCUGCACGGCCGGAACCGUGAGAAACUCAGUCGGAGACAAGAGGAACUCCAGACGAAGUUCCCGAACAUCAAGUAUAAGAUCAUCGUUUCCGAUGCGGCUAAUAUCCACGAGGAUGUCAACCUGAUUCCCAACGAGAUUGGCGAUGCAAACCUUACGGUCCUGGUGAACAACGUUGGAGGAGAGAAUCAGUCAUACCGGGGCCUGACAGAGCUGUCGUAUCAGGAUGUCCGGACUACCAUCAACACCAAUGCCACUUUCAUGGCACAGCUCACCCGAGUCUUACUCCCGGUCCUCGAGAAGAACGGUCCCAGCCUAGUCCUCAACGUCUCUUCGAUUGCGGCUUACGGCAUGCCAUUUGUCCCCGUGUAUAGCGCGACGAAGGGAUUCGUCGAUUCGUUCAGCAGAGCCCUCGACGCAGAGGUGAAGGCGCGCGGACAAGACGUGGAGGUACUCGCAAUUCGAGUGGGAAGUGUGCGGAGCCAGAGCAACGACGUCGAUGUGGGCUUAAUGGUCCCUGACUCACGGACCAUGGCUGCCGCUUCAUUGGAUCGUGUUGGAUGUGGCCUUCCGCUGAUCUUUGGAUACUGGGGUCAUGCGAUUGCGGGCCUCAGUCUUGAUUUCAUCCCCAGACCUUUCAUGGUCAAGAUGUUGGCGAACACCAUGGAUUCUCUGAAGAGGCAAGCUGAAGAGAGGCAAGCGAAGCGGAACUAGUGCGCAUGCCACUCUAUAUAACAGUACUCCCACUGUCUUGGUCGAAUUGUUUGCAUAUGAUAUCCGAUACCCGAGGCUUUCGAAGUAUAUACAGUACCUUGCAUGUGUAUGCACGUACAUAAAUAGUACUCACAAAUGUGACCCAAUUUUCUGUUUAUACAUAGCAUACUCUGUACAUUGAACCAAUAUCUCUUUUCCAC